AAUAUAAAUUUUUAAUGGCAAUAUUUACAAUAUCUAUCAAGUAAUUUGACAGAUUUGAUUUGACAUUCGUUUGCUCGUUGACGUGACGUGACAUCGGGCGAUUAGUGCAUUUACUUUAAAUUAAAUGAAUAAAUGUUACUUAUUAUAAUCAAAUUUUGUUAACCUUAAUAACACAAAAUGGCUCAAUGUGGUGACUUUAUUAAAAGUCAAUUCCCACUCAUAGAUGACGAAUUGAUGAAAUAUGUUGAAGACAUUUUGGAUAGCAGUGCCGGUGAAUUUGAAGACACGGAAGAAGUGUAUGAGGCAGUUGGAGAAGUGCUUCAAGGAAUCUCUGAGAAAUCUGAACAAGAUAUAAGGGAUAUAUGUGAGAAGCUAUUACACAUGCUCCAGCCUGACAAGCCGGGUAGUAGCAAUGGACCAAGGAGAGUAUUAGAUGCCCCAGUACACUUGGCGUCCAUGACUACUACUGUGACUGAAACUGAAGAUCUCAGAAGUAUAUGGAUCAAUACUAGAGAUGAUAACUUGAAAGUGGACGCAAAGAAAUUAGAAAAGGCUGAAGCUAAGUUACAACAGAAACAGCAGAAACAAAAGGAUUCAAAGUUACCAGUGACAGCCCCAGUUCUUCAGACAGCGACGGCAUCACAAGUUACGUCUAAGAAGGACAGUAAACUCGAAGCUAAGGGCACGAACAGGACACAGGACAUUAGGAUAGAGAACUUUGAUAUUGCUUAUGGUGAUAGAGUAUUAUUACAAGGCGCCGACCUAGUUCUAGCGUGCGGCCGGCGAUAUGGUCUCGUUGGGCGCAAUGGGCUCGGCAAGACGACACUCCUUAGAAUGAUUUCAUCAAAACAACUGAAGAUUCCGUCCCAUAUAUCAAUAUUACAUGUAGAACAAGAGGUCGUGGGCGAUGACACUGUGGCCCUACAAAGCGUGUUAGAAUGUGAUACUGUUAGAGAAACAUUGUUGAAACGAGAGAAAGAAGUGACUGCCGCUAUUAAUAAUGGAUCGACUGAUACAACACUAUCGACGGAGCUGAGCGAGAUCUACGCGCAGCUGGAGAACAUCGAGGCGGACAAGGCGCCGGCGCGCGCGUCCAUCAUCCUGAGCGGGCUGGGCUUCACGCCCGACAUGCAGGCGCGCGCCACCAGGACCUUCUCCGGAGGCUGGCGGAUGAGGCUCGCACUGGCGAGGGCGCUGUUCUCAAAACCCGACCUCCUACUACUCGACGAGCCGACGAACAUGUUGGACAUCAAAGCGAUCAUCUGGUUAGAGAACUACCUCCAGAACUGGCCGACCACCCUGCUGGUCGUGUCUCACGACCGCAACUUCCUCGACACUGUGCCCACAGACAUCAUGCAUUUACACACACAAAGGAUAGAUACUUACAGAGGUAACUACGACCAGUUCCACAAGACGAAGACGGAGAAGCACAAGAACCAGCAGCGCGAGUACGAGGCGCAGCAGCAGCACCGCGCGCACACGCAGGAGUUCAUCGACCGCUUCCGGUACAACGCGAACAGGGCCUCCUCCGUGCAGAGCAAGAUCAAGAUGCUGGACAAACUGCCUGAACUAAAACCAGUAGAGAAAGAGAUAGAAGUGGUCCUCCGGUUCCCCGAGACGGAGCCGCUCUCGCCGCCCAUCCUACAGCUGAACGAGGUCGGCUUCUACUACUCCAAGGACAGAGUCAUCUUCUCCAAUGUCAACCUCGGAGCGACGCUAGAGUCCCGGAUAUGUAUCGUGGGAGACAACGGAGCUGGUAAAACGACGUUAUUAAAAAUAAUCAUGGGUAUCCUGUCACCUACCAGUGGUAUCCGCAGCGUACACAGAGGACUGAAAUUCGGUUACUUUUCGCAACAUCACGUUGAUCAACUAGAAAUGAACGUCAAUUCUGUAGAACUGUUACAAAGGAGCUAUCCAGGUAAAACAAUAGAAGAAUACAGAAGACAACUAGGUAGUUUCGGUGUCAGCGGCGACCUUGCUCUCCAAACGAUCGGCAGUCUCUCUGGGGGUCAGAAGUCGCGAGUUGCCUUCGCGAGGAUGUGUAUGGGCAACCCCAACUUCCUCGUACUCGACGAGCCGACUAACCACUUGGACAUCGAGACCAUUGAGGCGUUAGGAAAGGCGAUAACUAAAUAUACGGGAGGUGUCAUCCUCGUUUCUCACGACGAAAGAUUAAUACGAAUGGUUUGCAAAGAACUGUGGGUUUGCGGCGGUGGCUCCGUCACCAGUAUAGAGGGCGGCUUCGACGAGUACCGCAAAAUCGUCGAGAGAGAACUCGAGGCACAGAACAAGUAGACAAUGUAGCUGGAAUCGUGUUAUUGUGUCGUGUCUCAUCGGCGUGCCGUCACCAUUCUAUUCUAAUUCUAUAGGCUAAUUCACUGAGACAAUCUUCGAUGCUGUUCUCCAAAAAAUUAAAUUUAUGCUCAAUUUUUUGGGGUGAAGCAAAAUUCUUGUUUAUGUAUUAUUCAAUUAGAUAAAUGAAUAUAGGUAAUUAAAAUGCAUUGCACCGUUACAGGUAACGGGUAAUGCUGCAUAAAUAAUGUAGAAGCUUCUUCUUAAAAAAAUGAGCAUGAAUUGAGAAGUUUUUGUUUUUGGGAGAAUUGAAGUUAUCUGUCUCAACGUGUGUUGUGUGUGAAGCGAUCUCGCUUUGACGCUUUUUGAUUGGUUGAUAUUGUGCGAGACGACGGCGCGUCGACCCGACACCACACAAUACUACGGUUCUCGCUUAUCGCAAAUACACACCCACAUGUAUACAAUAUAUCCAUGUAAAAAGUAACCUUAAAUUAUAUUGUUGUAAUAUA